AACUUUAGAUAAAUUAAGGACGAAGACAAUUUAUUUGUUUGAUUUGUGGUUCUGCAGCCCCGGGAUUUGGUUGAACAUUGUUAAGCAACGUAGGCAGGCUGAGCCAUGGGGAUUCUUUUUUCGUGGGUAUCUAUUUAUUACAGUGGGAAUCUACUGAGUGUUGGGUGUUGGCUGACCGUGUGUUGUGGCUGAGUAUUGGGUAAUGGCUGGGAGGGGAAUGAUUAGGGAAAUAAGAAAAAUUAUGUUCGGGGAAAAUUUUGAGACGCACGUAAAAAAAUUUUUAGGGAUAUCAAGAGGGAAAUUUUCCUUUAAAUUUUCUUUUUUUUUCAAUUUAUGAGAGUGUCAUAAACACCCUACCUUUGCAUUUGCAUCUGCAUCUGAGGCUGAGUGCCAAAGUCCUGAUGAAAGGAAACGACAUUUAAAUGAAGUUCCAAGGUUGUUUGAGAGUAUAAAGGCAUAUCUAUAAACUGACGGUCAUGUAGGGAAACAACUUCUAAGCUGUACAAAAUUGACACACAAGAAAGACAAGAUGUAAACUCCUAAAUACCAGGGAUUCCUCGAAAAUGACAGGGAGGAAAUAUUCCAUUGCUCUAUGCCUAACGAAAGAAAUACAACAUUUAAAACUCAUUUUCUUGUGUACUUUGUUUAGGUUUUGGAUUAAAUGUAUGACCUCGAAAUAUUCGCUCAACAAGGAAGCACACAUAAAUAGCCAUUGCAAGCAGAUAGUUCUUCAGAGGAUCAGUGCUAUGGCGCCUGGUCCCCAAUGGCGACCUCAACUCUACGGUGAUGAUAAAAGCAAUGAAGCGAUGAGUCUUGAUCUCAAUUUACCAGGCGUGCAAAAUUAUUCCCUUAAGUGUCCAAUUGACCGGAAAUUUAGGCAAAUUUUUUAUGAAACCAGAAACCAUAAAAGGUCAAAGCUGGAACACCCUAUGGAUGAAUCCCUUGGCAGCAAUGGUAACUCCAAUUGUAGUACUACUAGCUUGCCAAGACUCCUAUUCCGGGAUCAUGUUUGGACUUACAUGCAGAGAUAUUUAGCAAUCGAGGCUAUGGAAGAAGCAGCUGUUGCAAUGUUGGGAGGUGAGGAAAAUGAAAGCAAGGAAGAAGAGGGUGGAGAAGGGAUGAAACUUGUUGAGCAACUCACUGCUUGUGCUGAGGCAGUGGCUUGCCGUGACAAAAUGCAUGCUUCAGCAUUACUAUCAGAGCUUAGGGCCAAUGCCCUUGUCCUUGGAACUUCAUUCCAGCGAGUUGCUUCUUGCUUUGUCCAGGGACUUGCUGACCGUCUCGCUUUGCUUCAACCACUAGGGGCGGUUGGAGUAGUAGGACCGGUAGCAAAAGCAAGGACUGUUACAAUCGAAAAAGAUGAGGCCUUAAGCCUUGUAUAUGAAUUAUGUCCGCAAAUCCAAUUCGGUCAUUUUGUAGCGAAUGAAUCGAUAUUAGAAGCCUUUGAGGGAGAGAGUUUUGUUCACGUGGUGGAUUUGGGUAUGACACUUGGUCUGGCUCGUGGCCACCAGUGGCGCAACUUAAUGCAGAGCCUAGUCCACCGUGCUGGUCAGCCACCUAAACGUCUUCGAAUAACCGGAGUAGGAACCUGCCCUGAACGCCUCCAAGCAAUUGGAGAUGAUCUAGAACACUACGCCAAAAGCUUGAAAUUGAACUUUGAAUUUUCAGUCGUGGAAAGCAAUUUAGAAAACCUGAAACCUGAAGAUGUUAAGACAUCGGAUGAAGAGGCCUUGGUCAUCAAUAGCAUUCUUCAACUACAUUGUGUGGUGAAAGAAAGCCGAGGAGCAUUAAACUCAGUUCUCCAAAAGCUACAUAAAUUGUCUCCCAAGCUCCUGAUUCUAGUAGAGCAAGACUCGAGUCAUAACGGGCCUUUCUUUCUUGGCAGGUUCAUGGAGGCAUUGCAUUAUUACUCUGCUAUAUUUGACUCACUAGACGCAAUGCUGCCCAAGUAUGACACUAAACGUGCCAAAAUGGAGCAAUUCUACUUCGCAGAAGAAAUAAAUAACAUUGUAAGCUGUGAAGGGCCAGCCAGAUUCGAAAGGCACGAAAGGGUUGAUCAAUGGCGCAGGAGGAUGAGCCGAGCAGGUUUUCAACCGGUGCCUAUCAAGAUGAUAACGCAGGCCAAGCAGUGGCUAGGAAAGGUAAAGGCUUGUGAGGGUUACACAAUUGUGGAAGAUAAAGGGUGCUUGGUUCUCGGCUGGAAAUCAAAGUCCAUUAUUGCGGCUUCUUGCUGGAAAUGACCUUAAUUCAAGGACUUCAGCCAUCUUAGUUUGUGUGUUUGAACUAGGAAUGAUGUUUGUUUGGGUACUAAAGGAAAACUCACUCAGGGAAACUACGCGGAGUCUUGGACUUUAGUUUAAGUUUCAAAAAAAGGGGAAAAAAGCUUUG